GUAAACUUAACGGUCAUUUUUUCUUGGAAGAGGAAAAAUAUUUUGGAUAUAAAUACACCGAGGGUUGGUUUGUAAGGCAUUCAGUAUUUGCAACUACGACCGUGAACAUGUUGAACCAAACUAAGGAAUGCUUGAACCAAAAUGCGAAUAAACUGGACAAAUUCAUUAAGCUUAAGAAAGCAGGCGAAGGCACUUACGGUGUCGUUUACAAAGCGAAAGAUAAAAUAACAGGAAAAUUUGUUGCACUAAAGAAGAUGAAAUUCGAUAAACAGGUUGAUGAAACCGAGGGUGUACCAUCAACUACGAUCAGAGAGAUCUGUUUACUGAAGAAUUUGCACCACUCAAACGUAGUCGAAAUGCUGGAUGUUAUCUUUCCUGAACCAAAAACAAUUUACUUAGUUUUCGAGUACUUAGACAUGGAGCUAAAGCAUUAUUUGGAUACUGUCAAUAGUAAGUUAGACAAAGAUCUGAUAAAAAGCUACUGUAAGCAAUUAAUGGAAGGCUUAGCCUACUUGCAUUCACAUCGAAUUCUGCAUAGAGAUUUAAAGCCGCAGAAUAUUCUAAUCGAUCGCGAAGGACACAUUAAGCUUGCCGAUUUUGGUUUGAGUCGUUGUUUUACAGUACCAGUAAGAGCUUACACGCACGAAGUUGUUACACUAUGGUACAGAGCACCAGAACUGUUGCUGGGUUCCAAUCUCUAUGGACCUGGUAUAGAUGUCUGGAGUGUCGCUUGUAUUAUCGCAGAGAUGAUUAAUAAAAGGGCUUUGUUUCCUGGAAAUUCUGAAAUCGAUCAGAUUUACAGGAUUUUCAAGCUUUGCGGAACUCCGAAUGAAACAACUUGGUCGGGAUGUACUAAUCUGCCGGAUUAUAGGAAAGGUUUUCCUCAAUGGUUGCCCGAAGAUAUGUCAAAAUUUAUCAAUUUCGAUGACGACGAUCAAAAAGAGUUCUUUAGUAAAGUCUUGGAGUGCAAUCCUAAUAAAAGAUGGACUGCCAGAGAGUCUUUGGGUUGCAAAUAUUUGAAGUCCUCUAAGCUUACGGCGCCGAAAUCCGAAUGUUUCAAACCAAUUUCUUAA